UACCCAACUCUCUCAUCAAUAGUCAUUCAUAAAAAAUAAAAGACCGACGGUCGGUCUCUACGUCUUGCUUAGCAAUUGCUAAAUCGUCAGAAAAUACACAAAAAAAACUUCUGUUUAAUUGUUUUACCGAGUUUUGUGAUUACAGAGAAAUUGCAUCCUUCAUUCUCAAUCAAUUACUACCGUUAAAAUCUUGGCCAAAUCCUUUUUAUUGAAUCUAAAAAAGAACAAGAAAAGAAAUCCAAAUAAAAUCAAUUUGUUGGCAACCUACUUUGUAUGUGUUUGGUGUUGGUGUUGAAGAGAAGUUGGUGAAAUAAACGCAGUCGCAGACGAAGAUAACCCUAUCUCACAAAGAAAAGGCCAACUGCUUCUUAUCGAAUAGAGAUAGAUAAGUUUGCAAUUUUUUCUGACUGACAAGAAAAAUUCCCUUUCAGUUUCAGAACAAAUUUUGAUAAUCGAAUCGAAAUCGCGUAGAGCGUAGUUUUCUUCGUGUUUUCGUCAAGUAAAGUUCUCUUGGGAUCGAAAGGCGAGUCGCGACGGUCUGAUACGGGCUUAAAUAGAAGUGAAAAAAUCUAUAUACAUUAUUAAAAAAAAAAAACAUCUCAAAGAUCAAUUAUUUUCGGGUUCCACACUUUUCCGGAAAGAACAACCGUCGUCCGCUGGAAAAGUGUGUGCAAAACACUGAUCUGAAACUGAAACAAUUAUGGAUACGUUAAUUCCAAUUGUGAAUAAGCUGCAGGAUGCAUUCACCCAAUUGGGUGUGCAUAUGCAGUUAGAUUUGCCUCAGAUUGCUGUGGUGGGCGGACAAUCGGCUGGAAAGUCUUCUGUGCUGGAGAAUUUUGUUGGGAAAGAUUUCUUGCCCCGAGGUUCUGGAAUUGUUACUCGUCGACCUUUGAUCCUUCAACUUAUCAAUGGAGUUGCAGAAUAUGGAGAGUUUCUACAUUGCAAGGGUAAAAAAUUUACCGACUUUAAUGAAAUUCGGAGUGAAAUUGAAGCUGAAACUGAUCGUGUAACCGGAAGCAAUAAGGGAAUUUCAAACAUUCCCAUUAACCUGCGGGUGUACUCACCACAUGUGCUCAACUUGACCCUGAUUGAUUUGCCUGGUCUGACAAAGGUUCCAAUCGGUGAUCAGCCAGCCGAUAUUGAACAACAAAUCAAAGGAAUGAUCUUCCAAUUUAUUCGCAAGGAAACCUGUCUGAUUUUGGCUGUAACACCAGCCAAUACAGAUUUGGCAAAUUCAGAUGCUUUAAAAUUAGCUAAAGAGGUUGAUCCUCAGGGUAUUCGUACGAUUGGUGUGAUCACUAAAUUGGAUUUGAUGGACGAAGGUACAGAUGCAAGAGAUAUUUUGGAGAACAAAUUACUUCCCCUAAGGCGAGGCUACAUUGGCGUGGUUAAUCGUUCUCAAAAGGAUAUUGAUGGCCGAAAGGAUAUUCAUGCUGCUCUAUCGGGAGAAAGAAAGUUUUUCCUUAGUCAUCCAUCUUAUAGACACAUGGCCGAUCGUUUGGGAACACCAUAUCUUCAACGUGUGCUUAAUCAGCAAUUGACUAAUCAUAUUCGAGAUACAUUGCCAGGCUUGAGAGAUAAAUUACAAAAACAAAUGUUAACUCUUGAGAAAGAUGUUGAGCAGUUCAAACACUUUAGGCCUGAUGAUCCAAGUAUUAAAACCAAAGCUAUGCUGCAAAUGAUUCAGCAGUUGCAGUCCGAUUUUGAGAGAACAAUUGAAGGUUCAGGUUCGGCGCUUGUUAACACCAAUGAACUAUCUGGAGGUGCUAAGAUCAAUCGAAUCUUCCAUGAACGACUACGUUUUGAAAUUGUAAAAAUGUCUUGUGACGAAAAGGAACUCCGCCGUGAAAUAUCAUUUGCCAUUCGGAAUAUUCAUGGUAUUCGUGUUGGCCUUUUCACACCUGACAUGGCUUUUGAGGCAAUUGUUAAACGCCAAAUAUCCCAACUUAAGGAACCAGUGAUAAAGUGUGUUGAUCUAGUCGUACUUGAGCUAUCAACUGUUGUACGCAUGUGCACUGAUAAGAUGUCUCGCUAUCCAAGAUUACGUGAGGUGACUGAAAGUAUUAUUGCCGCACAUAUCCGCCAACGUGAACAGUAUUGCAAAGAACAAAUACUCUUGCUCAUUGAUUUUGAGUUGGCUUACAUGAACACCAAUCAUGAAGAUUUUAUUGGAUUCGCAAAUGCUCAAAGUAAAUCGGAAAAUGCCAAUAAGACAGGCACGCGAGCGCUUGGAAAUCAAGUAAUUCGAAAAGGACAUAUGGUCAUUCAGAACUUGGGAAUUAUGAAAGGUGGUUCCCGGCCAUAUUGGUUUGUCCUUACAUCGGAGAGCAUUUCCUGGUUUAAGGAUGAAGAUGAAAAAGAAAAGAAAUUCAUGUUGCCCCUUGAUGGAUUAAAGCUCAGAGACAUCGAACAAGGAUUUAUGUCCAGACGUCACACUUUUGCAUUGUUCAGUCCUGAUGGUCGCAAUGUUUACAAGGAUUAUAAACAAUUGGAAUUGUCUUGUGAGAAUGUUGACGAAGUGGAUUCGUGGAAAGCAUCAUUUUUACGUGCUGGUGUUUAUCCAGAAAAGGAUGUGUCACAAGAAAAUGGCGAUGAGGAUGGACAAGAGGAUUCAAGUGAAUGUGAAACAACAUCAAUGGAUCCACAAUUGGAACGUCAAGUGGAAACAAUUCGUAAUUUGGUGGAUUCAUAUAUGAAAAUUGUCACAAAGACAACACGUGACAUGGUACCAAAAGCUAUUAUGAUGCUUAUCAUAAAUAAUGCUAAAGACUUUAUUAAUGGUGAACUGUUGGCACACUUGUAUGCAUCUGGAGAUCAAGCACAAAUGAUGGAAGAGAGUGCGGAAUCAGCAGUGAGACGAGAAGAAAUGCUUCGAAUGUACCACGCUUGCAAAGAAGCUCUCCGAAUCAUUGGUGAUGUAUCGAUGGCCACAGUUUCAACACCAGUUCCGCCACCUGUCAAAAACGAUUGGCUUCCAAGUGGCUUAGAUAAUCCAAGAUUAUCACCGCCUAGUCCCGGUGGUCCAAGGAAACCAGCACCCCAGCAACAGGGCUCUUUGGGAGGCUCUGUUGGAGGUCGUGGACCACCACCACCACCAGCAAGUGGGCGACCAGCCCCAGCUAUCCCCAAUAGACCUGGCGGUGGUGCACCACCUUUGCCUGGUGGUCGACCUGGUGGUCAAGCUCUUCCAGCCCCACUUAUUCCAUCUCGUGUUGUUGGAAGUGUUGGUGGCGCUGUCUUACAGCAAUCUGGAGCACAACAAUAUGUACCUCCCCAUAUGAGACAACAAGUUAACCAAGCUGUCGGACAAGCUGUUACGAAUGCAGCAAUGAAUGAGUUAUCUAGUGUCUUCGCCAGCAAAUUCAAUCGACCUGGCCCAAAUAUCGCACCAAAACUACCCGAUCGACCAUAUUAUGGCAAUGCGAAAACCAACGGUAGACCGUAUUAAGUACAAUCAUACUCAAAACCAAAAUUUAAAGUGUAAAUCAUAAAAAAUGACAUUUUUUUUAAGAAUAUAGCAUCUUUCAUUAUUUUGUAAAUAAAAAUAAUAUAAUACGUUUACUGUAAAAAUAAAAACAUGAAACAAAAAUAUUGAAACUAGAAAAUAAUUUAUAAAUUAAUUAAUUAAAAUUAUCGACAGUGAAGAAAUAAAAUUAUUGUUAGUAUUUAAUUUUAGAUAAUAUGUAUGUAUGUAUGUAUUGAAAAUAAAAACAAGAGCGAUUAAUAUUCAAAAGAAA